CUUCUGUAAUAAAGGAACAGAGACAAAGACAACCUCAACAUCAUCAAAGCUUACUCAACAAAUCCUUCUCUUUCAUGUUCUCCCAUAAAAAAGACAACAAGAUGCCACCGCCAUUACUUCAAGGCCCUAUUCACACUCUCCUGAAACCUCUCCUCCUCCUCCUCCUCCUCCUCACUCUCCCCCCCACCACCACCUCCCACACCUCUUCCACCACCACCCCUCCACCUCUGUCCACUUACCUAUCCCAAUGGCAACCCGCACGCGCUACUUACUACGCAGCAUCCGAUCCCCGGGACACAGUAGGAGGCGCGUGUGGAUAUGGGGACUUGGUUAAGGCGGGAUAUGGAAUGGCAACUGUAGCAUUGAGUGAAUCAAUGUUUGAACGUGGACAGAUCUGUGGCGCGUGUUUUGAAAUCAAAUGUGUUGAUGAUUUGAGGUGGUGUAUUCCUGGGACUUCUAUUAUUGUUUCUGUUACUAAUUUUUGUGCUCCAAAUUAUGGGUUCCCUUCUGAUGCUGGUGGAAAAUGUAAUACUCCAAAUAAGCACUUUGUGCUGCCCAUUGAAUCUUUUGAAAAGAUUGCCAUUUGGAAGGCUGCUAAUAUGCCUGUUCAGUACAGAAGGAUUAAGUGCAGAAAGGAAGGAGGGAUUCGGUUUACAAUCUCUGGGUCCGGUAUCUUCCUUUCUGUGCUGAUCAGCAAUGUUGCAGGUGCUGGAGACGUAACUUCAGUGAGGAUUAAAGGUUCAAGAACGGGUUGGCUUGAUAUGGGUAGGAACUGGGGCCAAAACUGGCAUGUUAAUGCAAAUUUACAGAAUCAAGCUCUCUCAUUUGAGGUCACCAGUAGUGAUAAGAUGACUGUUCUUUCUUACACCGUUGCUCCCAAAGAUUGGAGAUUUGGACAAACCUUUGAAGGCAAGCAAUUUGAGACUUGAUGUACUGGCAAGAAAAUAAAAUGAUAAAUAGAUGAGACCAUUCUUUUCUUUUUCUAUUUCUAUGUUGUGCUCUCCUGGUUGGGGGUGAAGGUGUAUGGAGUGAGGGGUUAUGUCAAUUUUGGUGGAAGAUGCAUGAAUCAGUGGGUUGUCUAUGGUCCAAAGGACAUAGUUUGAGAUGAUACUACAUUGUUGUAUGGUGGGUACACUAGACCCGAGAAACUGUGCACUCAUGUGUAUGAUCGAAGAUGAUGAAGGAUGACCCAACCUGGGUUUAAGUCUAUGUUCUUGGACUUAGUUUCAGAAGAUACUAUGUUGUUGUAACAUGCAACUUAAAACAAUGUUAAAUGAUAAAAGUCUGCUGCUUUCUGCUA